GACGGCUUCGUGUAUAGUAUAUACCGUAUUGGUCGAAAAAGACCAACAAAAUGUUGCCCUUCGUUUUGGUAUUGCUCUUCGCAACGAGCGCGUUAGCCGCCCCCUCAGUUGUUAUUAGCCAAGACAACAUUAACAACAUCCCUCCAGCUGUCGGCAAUGGACGCCCUAUCUCUAGUGCUUUAACCGACCGUGCCUUUGAAAUCGUUGAUGGUGGUGACACCAACAUCUACAUUCUAACCAUUCAACAAAUCUUGAAUGACUUGGCCAACCAACCAGACAGUCUCAGCCAGGGUCUGGCUGUGACCCAAACCGUUGCAGCUCUGGGUGAGCUCGCCACCGGUAUCCCAGGAAACUCCUGUGACGCCGCUGCUCUUAUCAACGCGUACGCCACCUCAGUCCGUACCGGAAACAAAGCUGUGAUCAUCCCAGCUCUCGCCAACUACAUCAGACGCCUGGCAUCCAACAUUGGCCUUAUCGCCCAGUUGGCCACCAACCCUGACUCUCUUCGUUAUUCGUCCGGGCCAAGCGGUGCCUGUUCAGGAGGAGGUAGAAGCUACCAAUUCGAGGCAGCUUGGGAUGCAGUUCUUGCCAGUGCCAACCCAUACCAAGUUGGCCUAAUCAACGAAGAAUACUGUGCCGCCAAACGUCUGUACAGUGCCUUCAACAGCCGCAGUAACAAUGUUGGAGCAGCCAUCACAGCCGCCACCAUCGCUGCCCAAACUCAAGCAGGACAAAGCAUCCUGCCAGUCCUUACUAGCGUCCUAUCGGCCGUCGCGUCUGGUGGUAACGUAGCCGGAGCAUCCGCUCAAGCCAGCGAAGCACUAGCCAGCGCUGCCGCCAAUGUGCAAGUGUAGAUAAAUUGAACAAAUCACUAGCUAUAUACUAUAUAAUAUAUACUUAUGUUUAUUUAUAUAAUAACCAAAAUAUAAUAUCAAACGAAGAUCGUCGCUUACAGAAUUUAGACGUAUUCCUUAUCAAUAUCGUAUUAUAUAGUCACAUAGAUGUACAAGGUAAUGUUAAAUUUGCUAUUAAAUAUUAUAAUGAUAUUAUACGAUUUAUAUUGCCUUGUAGUGCCACAAUAACAGAAAUAAACGGUUUUAAUUAUGUAAAUAUACGUUUUUAUACUCAAACAAACGACUUGGCUUUUCAUUUCAUGGUAUACGAUACUUAUUUAAUUUAAUAAAGAUGUAUC